AAUUGUCAUUCCAGCAGUUGUGUUGCGUGCUCGCGAGUUUCACAACGGUGCAGCAGAUCUUCGAUUUUUGUUCCGAUUCAUCGUGACGCACAUUCUUUAUUAUUCACAAUUUUGUGAACCGAAACCAUGAAUUUUGUCCAGGAAAAUAACCAGGUGCUGUACAUCUGGGGUGGCACAAUCAGCGCCGACAUCGAGCAGGAGGUGAAUCAGCUGAAGUCGAUUCCCGGCGUCAAGGUCAAUGUGGAGAAUGCCGAGCGAGUUUUGCUGGGUGGUUACGGCCAGUCCCAGUUUGACAUAAUUCUGGCAAAUGUGUCCACCGGAAACUCGGAGCUGGUGUCCCACUUGCUGAAGCUGACAAAACCCAAGGGAAAGGCAGUAUUCAAGGACGAUUCAGCGGCCGGAGGUGCAGAAACGGUCCGUGCAAAUUUGCUGCUGUCCGGGUUCAUCAACAUCGCAUCGGCGGAGGGAAAUGUCUACAUCGCCGAGAAGCCCAACUACGAGAUCGGAUCGGCGGCCAAGCUGUCGCUGGGAGGCGGCGCCAACAAAGCCAAAGUGGCCGCCGUGUGGAAGCUGGACGUGGACGAUGACGGCGAGGCCGAGGAGCGGAUCGACGAGGACGAGCUACUGGACGAGGAGGACAAGGUGAAACCGUCGGCGGAAUCUCUGCGCGUGUGUGGCACCACCGGAAAGCGCAAGGCCUGCAAGGACUGUUCCUGUGGGCUGGCCGAGGAACUGGACGCGGAAUCGAAGGGAGCGGCGGUCGCCGCGGCACAAUCGGCCAAAUCUUCGUGUGGCAGCUGCUACCUGGGCGAUGCAUUCCGUUGUGCGACCUGUCCAUACCUGGGAAUGCCGGCCUUCAAGCCGGGCGAGAAGAUUCAGCUGUCCGACACGCAGAUGCAGGCUGAUGUUUGAGAGCGUUUCAAGCUUAAAUAUUGUUUGAGUGUGUGAAAGAGAGGACAGUUGGAGGAGAUUUACGGUGAUAAUAAACUUUGAGUUGAAGUAUUUAAA